CGGAAAGUCCCGGCAGGCGCCGCGCUGCCCGUGAUGGCUGCCGAGGUAUCAUUUCAGAAUUCACUUGAUUCAAUAUGGCUUUGAUCAGCCGGAAAAGCUUCCAGUUGUAUUCAUCCAGCACACCAGCAAGCAGGUCUGCUUUGAUGACCCUAAGCAAAAGGUUGAACUUCAUCAGUGGGCAGCGAAAACCCCAAAACUGUAGCUCCAUGGCCAUGAGGAUGCUGUGUGUCAAAGAUAAAUCUCAGUAUACGUUUUGUAGGAAAAAACAUGUACAACUGCAGGCGCAGCCACUUUCUGUUAAUGAAGCUGUGCAUCUUUGUGGAGAUAUGAUGAACUGUACUAAAUCAAAUAAUGUGUGGAUGGAUGAACAAUUAUUUUUCAAGAAGUUGAACAACCUUUGUACAUCAAAAGAGAUUUUUUAUUUUCUUAGCUCUCUAGAGGUCAUGUCUGAUACAAUGGCCUCAGGAGCCCUGCAGAAGAUUUCUGAAGUUGAGGUGGAUGACAAUGGUCUUAAAAACCCUGGACUGUUAGAGAAUGAAGUUUUCAGGGCUUUAUGCUUCCAGUUUGAAUUUGAAUCCUCAAAACUGUCUAACACGGGGCUGCUGAAUGCCUUGCAGGCUUUGAUAAAACUCCGUAUAGAUCCGCAGAGCACGCUGAUGACAAGCCUGCUUUCGGAGAGCGAGGAGCGGCUUGGCAGGGGACAGCUGACUGCUGAAAAUCUGUGCGCUCUCGGAGAGAGUUUGCUUGAGUUAGAAGCCCCAAGUUGUGCGACACUGGAACAAAUUGUGAACCACAUACAAGAAAGAGACAUUAAGAAUUGGAGUCCCAGGGAAAUAGUGAUAGUUUAUAGGAUACUGCAAGUGACUGUGAGGGAAGGGAAACAAUGCCAAAACUUGCUAAACAGACUGAACAGUGUCACUUUAUGCACAGUUUCCCAGCUAAACCCAAACUCUGUGAGUGUAAUACUGAAUUCACUGGUGGUUCUUUGUCAGACUCGGGCAGUUCUCUUAGUCACUGCACUGUGUAAACAUUCAGUGAAGCAUGUUCCCUAUUUCACAGAUCAUGAACUGGUAAAUGUACUGGAAGCUUUCCUAUACUUUGGGCAAAAAAUGCAAAUUUUUACAGAGGCACUGGAAAAACAUGUCCCCAAGUCCAUCCGCACUAUGCAUCCUCAAACGGUCAGCAAGGUCAUGCAGUAUUGCUGCAGAAAGAUGAUCCUUUCAAAGCCCAUCUUUGAUGCAGUGGCAGAAGAUUUCAUUUCCAGUGCUGACAGACUUACCACUGACCAGAUUGCUGCAUAUAUUAUCCCAUUUGGGACUCUUAACUACCUGCCUCCAAGUGCUUCUGCCUUGUUUAGGAAGCUUGAAACUGUGCUGCAUACCCGCCUGAGGCACUUUCAGCCCCACACCUUGCUGAACCUGCUACACUCGUGUGUCCUUAUUCAACGUUAUCCGAUAAAUUUCCUGCCAAAAAUAUUUAGUCCCUAUUUUCUGCAAAAGCUUCAAGCUCAGCCACCUGGUCUUAACCGAGUUGUUAUGUCCCAGCUAACCCAGCUUUUUCUGACUGUCACCCUGGAGUGCCCAUUUUAUGAGGGUCCAAAACUCCUUUCUAAGUACCAAGUAAAGGCCUUUCCCACGCCUCAGAGUUCUCCUGAUGUUCAUCUCAUUAAAAGGGUGAAGACAGGAUUACUUUAUUUACUGAAAAAAAGAAUAUAUUUUGCAUCAGAGGUAUCAACACCGUAUUUCUAUGUAGUUGAUAUUGAGAUUAAAUUAGAUGAAGAAGGUUUUGUAUUGCCUGCGGCCCAACUUGAAGAGGUACACAGACGAAUUGCCCUGUGUGUUGAUGGUCAAAAUAGAUUUUGUGCUCAUAGUCACAAUCUCUUGGGAGAAGAAGCUAUUAAACAGAGACAUCUUCAGUUACUUGGUUAUGAAGUUGUGCAGAUUCCAUUUUUUGAGAUAGAAAAUCUACAAAAUACCACAAAAAUAGCGGAUUAUCUACACAAAAAAAUCUUUCCUUGUACAUAUGGACUCAGCAACUGACACUGGAGGAUACUACUGGAUAACAGGAUGACCUUCUAUACUACAAAGUGUAAAUUCUGUGCAUGGAAGAAAAACUAUUUUUUUCUGAGUAACUCCACCUCAGAAAAUGUGAGCUUCUGAGUGUGAAACCUUCCAAUAUUUGGAAUUGACAUGUAAAGAGUAAUAAAGAGCAUCAUAUUUUCUUAAGAUUUGCUUCAGUAUUUAUUACAAGUUUACAGAUAUAAGUUCCAGACAGUCAGUGCUGCUUUUCCCUUGUAUUUUUAACUGGUUCUAAUUCACAGCUGCAAACAGCCACGUGUGACUGUUGAAGGGUACUGGCCAGUCUGGAUGUACAGAAUAUGCCUACAGAAUACCUACUAAUCAGGGUUCUUCUUGACAGUAUAAGAAGAAAUUGUGCAAUUUACUUACCGCUGCUCGCAUAAUUUCCCAAGUGUUUCAUAAAACUAAAAUUUGAAAUAGUUGCAGAAGCAGUAUUGGCUUAUUGGUUUUAUUUAAGAGAUGCAGAGUGCUGUUCAAUAAAUAGCAAUGCCUUACAGAAAAUAAGAAGAUUUUUAAUAAAAAGGAUUUGCUUUACUUUGUAAAGUAACAGCUGCCACAGGCUAUGGACUUGUACAACUGUCUCUGUGGGGCCACCCAGUGUUCCCAUCAUAUUCUGUUUGUGGUGUUGCCUUUGGUGGCAGUUUUAGCUAAACUGUCUAAAUGGGGUCCUGUAUGCACUCCAGAGUUCCUUUGAGUUACAGAAACUUAUGCUUUGAAGCUCAUGGCAGCCAUUUUUUAUGUAUGAACAGAAAUUCUGCAACUGAGAACUAGUACCCACUUUAGCCAGAACAAGUGCCCUAACUUGGGUCAGUAUAUUGCUUUGCAGAUGAUGAAGAGAAAACAGGAGAGCUUUAGUGCUGAUUACAUCAUGUAUUCUUGAUGAACAGCCAUGUAACGCAUUUUCUUGUUAGCUUGUGCUUCCUCUCUGUGUAGAAUUACUAUUUAUGACUAGCAAAGCAGAAUUCCCACCAUUACCUAGUUUGAUUUUCACUGUUGUUUUGAUACAAAAAAGGUGAAACUUUCACAUCAUUGAUGUUCUGUAUAUUUCACCAGUAGAUACAGAAUGUGACCAGUUU